UCUCCCACCCUCAGCCCAGAAAGUUCUCGCCUCGCCGCCGCAACUCACCAUAACGCAGUGCCUCCGAUCCCCUCCCACUCCCCUCCCCUCCCCGGAGCUAACCAGUCCAUCUCACCCUAAUGGCGUUGGCGGCGGCGAGGAACCUGGUGCUGCGGCACAUCCGCUUGGCUGCGUCCCCCGCGUCGGCGGAGUCCUUCAGGCCGGCAGCGGCGCUGCAGGGGGCCCUGUCAGGGCGGCGGUGGAUGUCGUCGGAGGAAGCCAAGGGGUCGUUCCUGGACAAGGACGAGGUCACCGAGCGCACCAUCAAGGUCGUCAAGAAGUUCCAGAAGAUCGACGACCCUUCUAAGGUGAAACCAGACGCCCACUUCAAGGAUGAUCUUGGCCUAGACAGUUUGGAUGCAGUGGAGGUUGUGAUGGCAUUAGAAGAGGAAUUUGGUUUCGAGAUACCUGACAAUGAGGCUGACAAAAUUGACUCCAUUAAAGUUGCUGUUGACUUCAUCGCCUCACAUCCCAAAGCAAAAUAAGUGGUUAUAUACUUGUUUAAGUUAUGAAACUUCUGUUUAGAUGAAAACAGUUCCUCGGCAUGAUAUCCAUCUCUUGGGUUUCAGCAUUGUACCAGUGCUUAUUGUCCCUUUUCGGACAUUGUCUUCUUUCUGCCAGCCUGCACCAAAUAAUUUGUUUGAUAAUGAGAAGGAACUCGUUUUCUUGUACCAAGUUUUCCUAGUUAUCAGUGAUUUGUGCCCAGAAUCUCCA